GUUCUGUUUGCUAAACUCUGCUUUUUGACAUUUGCGCAUUGAUGUCUUUUGCAUAAACACCUACAAAAGUACUAAUGAACCUACCCCAAAACGCUCAACUUCAUACAGUCAAAAGCACAACUCCUCAAUACACACGAUCACAUUCUCUCAAGUCCUCUGCUGCCUCGAACGAAUACUUCUCUGAUUAUGCGUCCGACGCAACUAGCCAACAAUCGGUUAAUUCCAAGACAAGCUAUGAGACGCCGCCAUCGAGAAUCUCGACCCCGAUUCUACAACAGAACCAGAACAACCUGGAUUCAGAGAUGACUCUGCCUUCUAGACCCGGUGCCAUUCAGCCUGCACCCUUGAACAUCCGACGCGAGACACAUGAUGAACCAUCCACCAUACGAAUGCUCUCGAGCUUCGACGAAAUGAGCCCCCCAACUCCUGGGGUCGAUGACACACCCUAUAUAAGAUUUGCAAUAGAACAACUGACAAGAGAUGAGGAUGUCAUGGGACGUGGAAGGAACAGUACCGCCUCGGCUUAUCAUCAACCUAGAUCACCUAUCUUGUUCCGAGCAGAGUCCGGGUCCGACAGUCCUCCAGACUCUACACCAUCUCCUCCACCGCCGUCUCCUCCACACCAAGAACCAUUUUCAGAGCCAGGAUUUCAAGUUCGGCGAAAGCCAGUAGCGCAGGAAGUGCUCCUUCCCGUGGAUCUAUCCAAAGACCUCAGAUCCGAGCUCGGUUUUGUCCCGCUUCCUUUACGCCUUCCGAUCCUGGCGCUUUAUUUGUGCCUAUGUCUGCUGAUAAUUGCUGGGCUGAUAUUCAGCCUGGUGUUUGUUUCGAGCAAUCAUGCCCUCUUUGACUACGACGGAAACGCCAGCCCGCGAUACUUUGUUUUCCAGUACCUUCCUCAACUCGUCGGAAUCAUGAUGACACUGUGGCUCUUCGUCAUUGAGGCCGCAGCGUAUAGAAGUUUGCCCUUUUUCUGUAUGGCGCCCGAUGCACGCAGCCCAUGGGUGCUGCAGGAAAUGCGCAUACUCCCGGCCAAUUAUAUAUUCCCCGAUCUCAUCUUCUUCCGCACAGGGGAGAAAAUGCUUGGGGUAACAUUCUUCGUCUUCUGGCUGAGCAAUUUCACAGUACCUCUUCUCAGCUGUGCUUACCAAACGCAAUGGAUUACGAACGAUGGUCCAGCUCGGUUUCGCUGGACGGCCGUGAGAGGCGUGGGCUGGACGUUGGUUGCGUUGUAUGGCCUGCUCUGUGCAGCCAUUCUGUGUUGCAUGGUGCGCUUUCGCCGACGAAACUCCAGUCUGCUUUGGGAUCCUACCUCAAUUGCGGAUCUUAUUUGUCUUUUCCGUCGCUCGAAUAUCGUUUCCGAUUUUGAGCAGACUGAGGUCUCUCCGCAACCAAGCAAUCAAUUGCCACCUCGAACGUGUCGCCUAGGUUUCUGGACGACCUCGGAAAGGCCCGAUGUUUUCCAUGCAGUUGGCGAAGAAUAUGCUCCAAUCAAGCGGCUUUCGCUGCAACAGUUAAGGCAGACGGAGAAGAACUCAAAUAGCCUCCGCUACCAAGACGAUGCGGUCGAUGUCGAGGCUCAACAUCGACUUUCUUAUGGUUCAGCCUUCUCGCGGAGCAUUCACUCUCCAUUUGUUCGUUAUCGCUGGACAGCAUGGUUCUUACGAGACACUGCUGUCUUAGCAUGGAUUAUUGCCUCACUCAUACUUGUGAUCGCAUUUUUGGUUGUCAGCUUUGUCAACCGAGCGGUCCAAAAUGGCUUUGAUCCAAUGCUACCUUCACUGACGGUCUCUGGGGGAUUUUCUCCUGCCGAUUUCCUGUACAGCUUCCUCCCUUCCUUCCUAGGCAUGAUACUCUUUCUGGCGUGGCAACCCAUCGCCAUGUAUUUCCGAGCUGUUCAGCCUUUCUGUAACCUCUCCCGGCCAACAGGAGCGGUCGCCCAACAUUCACUCUUGCUGUCAUAUCCUGCUCAGGAUCCUGUCACGGUCGUUUUCACGGCCUUGGCCAACAGAGACUACAAGGUUGCUUACAUGUGCUUCAUCUCCCUCCUCUCUCUGUCGAUACCGGUCCUGGCAGGCGGGGUGUUCACUGCCCAGUUCUUCUCGGGAGACGACAAGGUCAAAAUGGUUGCAAGCAUGCCUGGAUAUAUCGCAUUGAGUGUGCUUGUUACCAUUUAUGCACUCUCCUACCUGAUCAUCUGGCCUACGAGAAAACGAUAUCUGCCGCAUAACAUAACCACCAUUGCAGCAUUGAUGAGCUGGCUGUAUGCUAGUCCGUUGCUGGCCGAUAGCGCUCUUCAAAAUGUCCGCACCAAGAAGGACCUGCGCGAACGACUGAUGGGAUCGUCAAACUCCCUCGUCUUGACCGGUGACCGUUCAGGCAACAACAUGCAAGACUCAGAGAAACGUUCCCGACGUGCAGCUCGUUCUCAAAACGCACCACAUUUCGCAUUUGGGAUAUUUACGGGUAGAGACGGCAAGGAGCACCUUGGCAUUGACCGAUUACAAAGACCAGGCAGCCGGGAGAUGCUGGUCGUCCCUGCUUCUGGCUAAGUUCAUUUUGAGCGACUCAUGAUCAUGGUCCUUCACGAGGCGUUCUGCGGUAUUUGGCACAAAGAUGUUGCUCAAGGCUCCCUUUCUCACGAUAACGAAUUUUCAACAUACAAACUUUUAAUCCAGGGCACGAGCCUAUGAAAAGUGCUCACCAUUACGGCGAUACGGUAUAGAUAUGACUUAUGGGAAAUAAUGAAAACCAGAAGAAAAGAGAAAAUGGAAAUAUUUGGGGCAAGGUCCGCACCUUGUGUGUCUAAAAUGUAAGAGAGACAAAUGCAAAAGAUACGGUAAUACAGAUACAGAUCAGCCAACUCC